UGAUAUUUAUAUGACUAAAGGUUAUAUUAUAGUUGAAGUCUGAUGUCUCGGAAACAUAGACAUACAGUAUAUAUAAAUAUUGUAUAAGGAACUGCAAUUCAACAGAGUCAUGGCCUUUGUUUGAAGUUUGAAUAUCAGAACAAAUCAAUCAACAGGUUUUUGACAAAAUCAUUCUGGAAGCACAUUUUAAAGCAUGUGCUGAAAAGAAUACAGACAGAAAAAAAACAUGAAUCAUACCAACCUUAGAAUUAUCACACCACGCUCAACCCUGAUGUCGCGGUGUACUGACACAUCCUGGAGUACACUUCUACAUCACUGUAGCAAGGUGAGAAAAGAUAAUAACACCGCAAAAACAUGAUUUUCAGCCGAUGAGUAUAGAUUAAAUCACUACCUUGACACAUCUGAACAUUUAAGCUUUCAUAAACAAGGUAUAGGUUGAAUCUAAAUUAUUGUUUGGCAAUAGUAAUACAUUUGACAUUCAUCAUUAAUUAUAAUAGCUAUAUAUAAAAACAUUUUUUUAAAGAGUAUUGCUCUGCCUUUAAUUUGAUUUUGAUGACAGCAAAAAUACAGACAAGAGAGAGAGGGAGGAUUAUGGCAUGUAACAAACUUUCCCCAGCUAAAAUCAUAUUAGGGACAUUGCUGUUCCAUGGUUUGCAUCUUAACCACUAGUCCUCUCUAGCACAACUCUUUUAAAAUGUUUUUUGGUCCAUUGAUAUUUGUUUGCAUGACCUUAAAUCAGUUAAUAUCUGACUUGUAAAAAUUAUAUUUACAAAUAAAAUUAUCUUUUGUAUGGGAUCAUAGUAAACUUGGUAAUAUGAGUCAUGUUUUGCAGCACCUGUAAAGCUCAUUCAAGUAUUUAAACCUCACUGCCGUAGAAAUUAGGCUUUUAUUCCGAAAACAGUCACACCGGAAACCUGGUUGUCGUUAGCGGAAACGAGACUGUUAGCUUCAGGAAAUCAGUUGGUGGAAGAAAAAAAAAAAAAAAGAAGCUUUCCUUUCUGUUAUCAAACCUCCCCAGCACAGAGUCAAACCUACACUGGAGCAGCAACAGACUGUUGCCAAUGGACCCUCGGACUACAAUAUUGAAUCUGCGGUGUGUCCGUCGAUAGUGCCGAGGCGCCGGGCCGGGCCGGAACCAGAACAAGGCCCGGACGGACUGACAUAACCAGUGCGACACCGGCGGGCUGGUGUGUUUGCAGGAAUUGGCAUGUUGUUUAUAGGGAACGUGUAAUGUGUAUCACCGUGACUUGCUGCCUGUAGCUAGACAGCAAGUUAGUUAACGAGUCCCCGGUGCUUGUGGUUUAUCAGAUCGGAUGUAAAGUCUUGAGGCUCGAGCAUGGGACCGCGUAAGACUGAAUUUAGCCAGAAGCGAGCUAGCGUCACCGCGAGCUAACACCAGAGUUAACGUCAACGGACAUCAACUUUUACUCGUUAACUAGCGAGGCAACGUAAGAAAAAGCGAACAGUAUGUGCACUACACCUGGGUUCAUGUGAAUGAAGAGGAGUUGUUUUAUAUUGCCCAACAUUUUCCAGUUCGCAUGUUAGCUCUUUAAAGGGCCUGAUAGAUGUUUCUGGGGCGAGUAUAGCAGUGUAGCUGUUAGCUAAGUCGUUAGCUGCUAAGUUAGCCUGCCUCGACCGCUCCGAUGAAAGAAUACAAAGUGGUCGUGCUGGGCAGCGGUGGGGUCGGCAAAUCCGCGCUGACCGUCCAGUUUGUCACCGGCACCUUCAUCGAGAAAUACGACCCGACCAUCGAGGACUUUUACCGAAAGGAGAUCGAGGUGGACUCGUCUCCCUCCGUGCUGGAGAUCCUCGACACGGCGGGGACGGAGCAGUUCGCCUCCAUGAGAGACCUGUACAUAAAGAACGGACAGGGCUUCAUCUUGGUCUACAGCCUGGUCAACCAGCAGUCAUUCCAGGACAUCAGACCAAUGCGAGACCAAAUAGUUCGAGUGAAGAGGUUCGAGAAGGUGCCGCUGAUCCUGGUCGGGAACAAAGUCGACUUGGAGUCUGAGCGUGAGGUGGCUGGGUCAGAUGGACGAGCUCUGGCUCAAGAGUGGGGUUGCCCAUUCAUCGAAACUUCAGCCAAGAGCAAGACUAUGGUGGACGAGCUGUUUGCGGAGAUCGUCCGACAGAUGAAUUAUUCCACACUGCCGGAGAAGCAGGAACAGUGCUGCACAGCCUGUGUGGUGCAGUGAGAAAGAGAUGCAUAAUUUGUCUGGACCACCACGAGGAUUUUGAUGAACCAUGAACCUGGGGACAAACCGACUAAAACUUAACGCAGCCGGUCAAGUUUCUGUUCAGUGUGGUUUCUGACUCUUAUCACAGAGCAUCUGACAGGAAAGACGUCUGUCCUAUUUUUGAUAUCAUAACUGUUAGAAGACGUUUCUGCUGCAACCUCAACGGCCUUUUCGAUGAUCCAGGAUGGAGUCAGACUGACUGACUUGUAGUGAGCGAGAACGGCCAUCUGUGAAUUUCAGUCUCUCUUUUUUUUUUUUUUUUUUUCUCCUUUUAGUCGGAAGUAUCCCUGAAAUAAUAAGCAGGAGUGUUUGUGAGGUUGCAGCUUCUUUUUAAAGCUGCUUUAAUCACUAUUAUAUACUUUAUUAUUACUUGUAUUGUGUCUCAAGUUUGGAAUUUGACAAAGUAUUUCCUAAUAUUGAAACAUUUUGACUUUUAAGCAUGCAUACUUCGACCAGUUUGCUGCCCAGUUAUGCUGCUGGCUCUAUUUUGAGAAUCUUGUCUGAAAUAGUUCUUCUAACACAAACUACAGCAGCGUGUACAACGACUUUUUUUAGCUUUAGGAAAAAUUAGACGGGACGUACGACUCUGUGGAUUAAACCUGUAACAACAAGAAUUUCCUUUUUAGCCUGAAGCAGCCAAACUCAUCUGAAAACAUGCAUGCUCAAAAUUGAAAAUGUUCUACUAAAUCCACUUGAAGUGAUAAGGAAGAGCCAUUUUAAUGUUGUUAGCCUGAAUUCUGUCAAAGUCUCUACAAGGCAUGAAUCACGUGGACGCAGGUCUUCCAUUUUCAGUUUUCUCGAGGAGUCUGUGGGAGAAUGAUUUUGGAACGACCAAAGGAAGCUCACAGUGCAGAUUUGUGUUUGGCUACAUGACGUGUGUUGCUUUAAAUUCAGGAGACGCUGAUUUCUUGUCUAAUAAGUCGCAGCAAUGUGGUUUGAUAAAAGUUCUGGCACAGUUAAUCAGAUUUAACUUUGUAUUUUUCUUUUUCUUAUAGUUACAUAUUUAUUAAAAACUAACGACAUGGGUAGCCGGUUUUAAACUUUUAAACUACUAGUUUUUGCUUUUUUGUGACUUUUCAGGAUAUCUGGUACAUUGUUUUUAAAGCUGAGGAUUUAACAGAGCCUUACAUAUUUUCUGUUGCACCCUUGUCUCAUGUUUCUUUUCUUUUUUUUUUUUUUUUCUCAAAGAUAUAAAAAUCUGUCGUCAUUUGGUAAUAAACAUACUGUUCUUUCUGCUUUUGUCAUUGGGCACAGUUUCAGUAUCUGCUCUGAUCUAUAAGCGAUGUUACAUUGAUACUUAAUAUUGGACUUACAUUCAUCAGGUGGCCAGAAAUGCAUCUACAAAUAUUAACUUCGCUAUAGGUGGUAGUUAAAGAAUAGUCAUGUUUAGUGCAGGGGAAGCGCACCUGCUUCCUCCUAUAAACUAGUGACAAGCUCAUAUCUAUAUUUAGACCAUUUUUUGAUUACUGUAAUUGUUCUUCCUUUCCAUACGGGCCAAAAACAAAUGCGUUCAUAAUGUCAUUCCAGUUAUAAGUGACCGGGACGAAAGCCACAUUCCUCCCCAAGUCAAGUGAACGUCUGUCCAAGUUUGUGAUCAAUUUACAGCCAGUAUGAACGGAAGGAACGAGUACAAUCACCAAUAACUAAAAAUGUGAGUGUUUUAUACAGAUGUGAAUGAAUCAUUGAAACGUUUUUGCAAAAAAACAUUCUCAUGAUCAUUACAUUUUAUAUUUUGCGGUCUCGACCACAUUUUACACCACUUGUUUUGUUUGAAAGAUCAAAAAUGUAUUGUUGCUUUGUUUACUAGUACAGAAUGAAACAAAGGAUUUUAAUUUGCAGUAUUUCUAUGUAGAGUUAGCAAGACGCUGCAUAUUGAGAUGUCCCUGAUUAUAUCUAACGGAGUUAAAACUUUGUCUGAAGGUGCAUCGUCUAAAAAUACCAGCUCUCAGAGCUCUUCCACUUCCUCCUGUGUGUGUUUUCAUGCAUCAGGCUGGCAGAGUGCAGUUGAGUCUGUGUGCGCGUUGCACAUUUAGUUUCUUGUAUUUGUCACACACAGUGCCGCUGUAGUUUCCACAGAGCUUAGGACUGGCUCUGGUUCCUCUCGCUCUGCGGUUGUCAGGUGGAGCUGCUGUGAGCUCGCUGAGCUUGUGCAUCCUUCACAGAGCUGGCAGCUGCUGCUGUGUCGCUGAGUCAGCAGGGUCACCACAGCUCUUCCAAGCUCCUUAAGAAGUGGGAGGGGGG